AUGGCGGAUAUCCUGAGGUACGUGAUGGCGGCGCUGCAGUCCUCCGGGGAAGAAGACGCGGGCGCGCAGGCGGCGGCGCUGGCGGCGCUCUGCGACACGCUGGCGAUGUCCGACACGGACAUGCUCCUCGCCGCGUUCCCCGUCGACUUCUUCGCGGCCCGCCUCCCGGCCCUAAUAAAGCCCAAGCCCAGCAACGGGGAGAUCGAGACCAAUAUGGAGAGCGACGUGCCGUUGCUGGCGGCGCGGGCCAUCGCCGAGGCCUGCGAGGCGCUGCCGCAGUGGGCCCGCUCCUUCCAGAGGGCCGGCGCCGUCGAGGCGCUCCGCCACCGCCUGCUCGCCGUCGACAACAUCGACCUCGCCGAAGAGUUGAAGGGGAAAAAAGCAAAGCGGGACGAAUUGAAUCAUACAAGCAUGUAUAUUUAUUUAUUUAUUUAUUUAUCUGGUCGAUUGUCUUAUGCAUUGCCCGUUGCUUUUGCUCUGCAGUGCCUGCGAGCUCUGGACGCGAUAUCCACGCAAUGCCCGGCCCAGUGCCUCCGCCUGGGCAUCGCCGCCGCCGUGCUGCAAUUCUUCGACUUCUUCUCCGCCGCCAAACAGAAAGUGGCGCUCAACAUCGUGGCCACCGUCAUCGAAGGCUGCGGCGGAACCGACGUGCCCAAGGCCAUGGACGCUGCGCCGGCGCUCUGCACCCUCCUGCAGUCCUCCGACAAGACGAUACUCGAGUCGGCUCUUUCUUGCCUGGCGAUGAUCGCCGUCGGCGCCCGCGGGAAUGCCGUACAAAUGGACAAGCUUUGCGACUCGAAGGUGGUCGAGGUGGCCAUGAGACUGCUGGAGAAUGACGGGUGGAAGAGCCUCGAUGACCAGACUCUAUAUGACAUCCUUGGGCUGUUAAAAAAUCUUGCUUCCGUCUCCACGAAGGCCGUGAAGUCCCUCUUUGACUUGCGUGUUUGCGAUCUGCUCAAGCAGAUGAUAACUUACUACAGCCGCUCGCACAGUGACAGUCAUGAGUUGCAGAUGCUUGUAGAGUUCAUCUAUCAGCUUAUGCGACCUCUUGAAACAUCUGACCAUCGGACAGGGCUAAAUGCCAUCAUCAUAGAACAAAGUACAUACAUUGACCAGCUUGCUGGCAUUGUGACCCUUAUAAUACAGGUUGCGAAGUGUGGCGCAGUAUCAUCAGUUUGCUACAGAUGCAUUGUUGUCAUCGGCAACAUUGUUGAAUUAAGCACGCCUACGUUCCUGGUGGAACUACAAAAGACAGCAAAUCUCUCGAGCUUUCUUACUUGUUUGUUGGCCCGGAAGAACCGCCAUGUUGUGUUGGAAACACUUAAAGUUUCAAAGACCCUUUUGAAAAAGCAUCAUCAUUUUUUCUUCGAGGCCUUUGCCAAGGAGGGAGUGAAGCAGACAGUUGAUGCUAUACACGCACAAGAAAAUCACAAGUCGAAAAGAAAUAGCACUAUGCAAGAAACUUGUGUUUGCUUUGAUCUAGACUCGGAUGUUUCCUCAGCAGAUGGGUGCAAGAUUGAGAACAAUGCUAUUCUCAAUCUAGCAGAAGAGAUCAAGAAGAGUUUCUUGCUUGUCAAAGCAAGUAACAAAUCUCCCCAUCGGUUUGGGUGUGUGAUUAAAACCAUUAGAGAUUUUUUUGCUCAGUUGAAUGGUUAUACCAUUACAACCCGCACCCGAAAUCCGGAUCUCUGCAAAGAGUUAUCUGAUGUCUCAAGGAGGUUAUUAUCGGAUCAACUUCCAAGUACUUCUACUUUUACAUUUGUGAAGAGCGGAUCGACCAAACAUUUAGCGGAUUAUCUCUCUAACGGCGCAUACUUCAAUUCAAAUCUCAAUAAUUGCCAGAGCUUCGUAGAGCAGCUUAAGGAGGUGCAAAUUCGGCUGCAAAAAUUCACUCAUUUGGCUCUCAUGGUGUCCAACGAAAGCUCUGAGAAACCCCUUGGGAUCUUGGUGGAGAAGCUGCUAGAUGCUCUGCACAUGUGUUAUGACAGUUUUCCUGUAAUGUUAUCUGAUUAUGAACUGCGUACUCGUGACAGCACUAUGAUUCCACUGAGGCAUUCUGGAAAUGAGGAAUCAGGAUCACUGUAUAUAAAAUUUGUCAGGGCAUGCAGGGAGAAAGAGUUGCACAAUUAUAAUGAUGUUCUCCCCGUUGAUCUUUACUCAAAGCCGGAUGACAUUGAAGCUGUCCUCUGGCCUGAGAUUUGUGAAUCUACAGAGGACGGGCAGAGCUCCUCAAGAUUGAUGUUUUCUUACAAAGGCACAAAACUCCAGCCAUCCGCAACAUUUUUUGAGUCACUUGUCCGUUUAAUGAAUAAGGGGCAAUCUUAUGUCAUGAUUGACCCAUCUUUCUGGGAUGAAGAACACAAAAUCUCGUAUAAGAGAACAAAAGUAAGCAGGGAAAUCUCUUCUUGGAGUUCCUAUAAUACUCAGUUAUCUGCCAUGCAUGAGAAACUUGAGCAGUCAUGGCUAAAGGACCCAGCUUUCUGUACCAUAUUCCUUGGCAAGCUUCCUGGUGAUGUGGAUGAAUCUGAUCCAUCCUAUGAUUUGUUAUUCACGCUGAAAGUUCUUGAAGGGCUCAACCGUUUUUCGUAUCAACUAUCAAUGGAUGAACAGAUAUCCAAAUUUGCUGAAGGCUGCCUCCGAGAUUUGGAUGACCUUAAGGUGACAAUCUCUCCAAUACCACAGCAUUAUUUCCUGAGUAGCCUUCUGACGAAUAAGCUGGAGCUGCAAAUGCAAGAGAGCUUGUUUGAGGAUGGGUUGAUACCCUCGUGGUGUGUCUAUCUGGUGGAAACUUGCCCCUUCUUAUUGUCCUUCAGCACACGGUGGAAGUACUUCUGCCUGACUGUGCAUCGCUCGUUCAUGGCAGACAAGGCAAGUACUCCUCCAGAUGAGGCUAGUCCUGACACAGAGGCAAAUAUUGCUGUAGAUGUGGCAAGUACCCCUCCAGACGAAACAAGUAGUGAUACAGAUGAGGCAAGUACUGAUGCAGAUGAGGCAAGUACUGCGAAACGAACUAAGAAGCACAAAGUAAUGCGAGGUAACAUACUUGAAGAUGCUGCAUCAAUGAUGAGCACACAUGCGUCAAGCAACGAAACCCUUGAGGUGGUAUUUGAAGGAGAGGUUGGGACUGGGCGAGGCCCGACCUUUGAAUUCUAUACUACAGUUAGUCAUGAACUUCAGAGGGUUGGGACUGGGAUGUGGAGAGGAGAUAAUGCUAGAAAACCGGAAGGAGAAACUGUAUUCCUUCAUGCUACUUUUGGUCUUUUUCCGCAGCCAUGGUCCUCAGUAAGCUCUUCAUCACGGGGGAUUGAAUUGUCUGAUGUGGUAAAAAAAUUCAAGCUUCUUGGCCAUCUUGUAGCGAGAGCAGUUCUGGAUGGAAGGAUUCUGGACAUCCCUCUCUCAAAAGCAUUCUACAAGAUCAUGCUUGGACAGGAGCUUGAUAUAUAUGACAUUCCAACGUUUGAUCCCGAGCUGGGCAAGACUGUGCUAGAGUUUCAAGCACUUGUUAAAAGGAAGAAAUUCUUGGAGACAUCUUCAGAAAGGGCAUCCAAUCCCUCUGCAUAUUUGUCCUAUAAAAAUGUGAGAUUGGAGGAUCUGUGCCUUGACUUUACUCUUCCUGGAAAUCCUGAAUAUGAGCUUGUUCCUGGAGGCUCAGAGAAGAUGGUGACACUAGACAAUUUGGAGGAGUAUGUAUAUUUGAUUGUUGAUGCGACCUUGAAGAGUGGGAUUGACAAACAGAUACAAGCUUUCAAGUCUGCAAUUAAUGAGGUUUUAUCUCUUAAAACUCUUGGAAUGUUUAACGAGGAGGAGAUUGAGCGUAUACUUUGCGGCAAACAGGAUGCUUGGGCUUCAAGCAAACUUGAGGAUCACAUCCAAUUUGAUCAUGGCUAUGAAGUAAACAGUCAACCAAUAAUUUGUUUCCUUGAGAUUUUGCGGGAGUUUGGAAGAGAGGAGCAGCGAGCAUUCAUCCAAUUCACGACUGGAGCUCCUCAACUCCCACUUGGUGGCCUCGCUUCGCUUGAUCCAAAGCUCACCGUUGUGCGAAAGAAAUGUGAUGGCAAUGUCGACAAUGAAUUGCCAAGUGUCAAUACUUGUCGGCACUUCAUUAAGCUUCCUCCUUACUCCUCGAAGGAAAUAAUGAGAAAUAAGCUCAAAUAUGCCCUUGCAGAGGGUUUAGGCUCCUUCCACUUGUCAUGACAAGAACAGAAGGGUACUAGACGGAUAGACAAACAAUGUACAUAUACUAGGUAGGGUAGACAGGCUUUUUCAUCAUCGACGGUUCCGAAGGAAUCGCAUGUCAGAGCUGAUUUUAGGUUAUUGUUUGUUUGCUUCGUUUAUGUUCCUAGCUGGGGAUCAGUUGCAAAAGAUGCAACUCCAAUUUUAUUCCCUCUCCUUUGAUUAAUUUUGUGCAGCCGGCAUUGACUCUUUCAAGUUGUUACAUGUAUGUAAUGUGUUGACUUGGCGUCCCCAAGUCUUAGCUAUGACUAUAUUUGUACUGUUUGACAAUCAAAGAAUACAGAAGAUUUCUCCUGCUUUGAAA